AUGGGCUUCAAAUUCACCCUCUUGUGUGAUCUACUAUCCAACCUGGACGACAACAAAACGGCCAAGGCAUCCACGGCGGCCAGGAACCAGAAUCCGGACAUUAGAACAGUCGCCCAGUGGUUUUCUCGACAUGAACGGACCAUUCAUCAUGCCAAAACAGACAGGGUCGCGUUACUUUCCUGCAUGUUCCCCGAAAAACGAACGGACCGAGUAUACUGGCUGCAAGCCAUGCAGCUAUCAAGAGUCAUCGGGCGCUGCUUGGGUUUGGGAUCAUCGCGACUUUCAGAACUCAAUCGAUGGCAAACUCCCUGUGGGUUUGAUCUCGGAGGGUGUGUCGAAAUUGUCAUGCGGCAAGCCGAGAAUUACAUUCCUCUAGGCCAGGAGUUGUCGGUAGAAGAAAUCGACCGCGCCAUGGCUAUGAUUGCAUCACGGUGCCGCUUCUCUGGCCCUCUGACACGCCGGAAUCGUUCAGCUGUGGAAGUUGAAGACACUCUAUCGAAAUUGUACCGUCGAUCAAGUAGCCGCGACGCCAAAUGGCUCACUCGCAUGAUUCUCAAAAGCUACUCUCCUGUCGUUUUGCCAGAACAGUAUACACUGAAGAAAUUUCACUUCCUUCUCCCGCAACUGCUCCAGCUUCAGAACUCUUUUGAAGGGGCGUUAGAGAUGCUUGCUUCCGACCCAAUAAAGCACUUCCCUCCAAGCCCGGAUCCCCAAUCAGCCAGAAGUCUGAGCAUGAUUGCUCUACAACAUCUGCGCCCUCGUCCUGGUAUGAAGGUGGGACGACCUGAUUAUUACAAAGCCCGGAGUAUCAAACAUUGUCACCAAAUGGCCAACGGUCGACGAAUGAGUAUUGAACGGAAAUACGAUGGUGAAUACUGUCAGAUCCACGUCGAUCUCUCUAACAAGUAUACCCCCAUCCAGAUAUUCUCCAAAAGUGGCAAGGACUCGACCGCAGAUAAAUAUAAGAUUAUACCCGUGAUAGAAGAGACGCUCCGCACUGGAUUACCCGACUGCAGAUUUGCGCACCGCUGUAUCGUCGAGGGAGAACUGCUUGUAUGGAAUGACCAGGACGGUGACCUAAUGGACUUCAACAAAAUUCGAAGGUUUAUUCCACGAUCUGGCACCAUGAUUGGCGUCGAUAAUGAUUCUCCACCGCAACCGUACGAGCACUUGAUGAUCAUGUUCUUUGACAUUCUUCUCCUUGACAACGACGUAUGUCUUGCCAAGCCUCAUCGGGAAAGACGACUACUCUUGCAGAAAGUUGUCAAGACCAUCCCGGGCCGAGCGGAGCUCGCCCAUCAGGAAGUUCUUGACUUCAACCGAGUUGAUAGCUAUCAUCGGCUCGAAAAGAGUUUCGAGAAAGCAAUUACUAAACGAUGGGAGGGAUAUGUCUUGAAGGCUUCCGACGAGCCGUAUUUUCCAAUAUACUCUACUGGUGUGGAUUAUAUGUUUGGCCGUUGGAUCAAACUCAAAAAAGAUUAUAUACCAGGCCUUGGGGACACAUUAGACCUUGCCCUGGUCGGAGCCAGCUACAACGCGCGUGAUGCUCCUAAUCUAAGACAAAUAAAGGGGCUGAAAUGGACUCACUUUUUCGUAGGUUGCCUUCUGAACCCACAGCAUUUCAAAGAGGGCAACGCUUUGCCACGUUUCCGAGUUGUUGAUGUGAUUGGCCGACACUGCAUGAGCAUUCAGACCAUGCAAGCCCUCAACCAAGAUGGCGAGUUUUAUGCACGUCAACCUGAAACGUUCGAAGGCUUUCACAUUGAUUACGGCCACAACACCCUUCCCACUGCAACCACCUUGUUCAAGCACCCAUUCAUCGUUGAGAUGCUGGGUAGUGGAUUUGAAAAACCGUCUGGUGCGAGAUACUUCACACUUCGAUUUCCUCGGAUCUUGAAAAUACACUCGGAUCGAACGCUGGAAGAGUGUACCUCUUUCCAUGAACUGCUCAGUGCAGCAGAACAUGCCCGGGCCGUGCCUGUGGAUGAACUAGAAGAACGCGAGAAAUGGUCAAAACGCCUCAAGGUUGGGAGCGGAUUUGAUCAAUAUAUGGUGCGAUCCCCAAGCCCAGAAGCGACUUGUUCAGACACGGACGAGGAGGCAAAUUCCACGUUAUCCCAGGCCCCCCAAACCACCACUCCCUUUGGAGAAAGUUUCAUGGAUGUACGCCCAUUGAUGGAAGGGUUGCAUGAAGAUUCAAUAGGGAAAGACAGCCACGAUCGAGCAUACAGUGACCGUCUACUUUCCCCUUUAGUCUACAUCAAUGAGACAAUACUUCCUGCGAAAGAUAAUAAUCCUGUUCUUGGGACCAGUAUACUCGUGGACAACGAGAAUCUAUCAUGUCAUCAACGCCAGAAUGAUGGAAUGAUCGCAUCGCAGGAAUCUUUGGGGUUCUCGUGUCCCAACCGGACAACCAGCCUCAUCUCCGCACAUGAUGGGCAUUCUCAAGAAUUACAAGAGACACAGAAUCAGCUUUUGGAAAGAGUAUUGGUGCCUACAUCAUGCAAGCAGAAACGCAAGAUGUCACCUCAAUCUCCUUUAACAACUAUCCCCAUAUGGACGCCUGACAUCUCUCUGGGGAGCUUUACACUUCCCCGAAUUGGUGAAAAGUCCAGCAAUGAGCGCGAAUCUUGUGAUUUGUUUGAAUUCAUCCGAUGUCUCUGCUCUGAUGAAUCUGCUUCUUCUCUUCAAGAAUCAAAUCCCUAUGCUGCAUCACAGGGCGCAGGAUUUGGCAUUGUCCUUUUAAACCCGAAAGUAACUCGGUUAGGCAGAGAAAUGCACCGUCUCGCCACAACCAUUUCUAGGUUCGUGCAUACUGGAACAAGUCCAGUCCCCUGCAUGGGAAGCAUAUUCUUUUUGGGCUCGAGCAUGUUGGAACAUGAUCUAUGCCCCGGGGACCUUCGUUUCUGCCUGCGUGGUACGUGGACAAAUAUUGGACGUGAUCAUUUCUAUGGAUGUCUUUCGUGGAAUCUCAGCAAGCGAUGUGAUGGUAUAUCCAUAGGACAAGAUGAGCUCCACUCUGAAUCGAAUCGAUGUGGUUAUGACAUGACAUCAGAGCUUGGGCGCUCUGUACUAAGAACCCCAUGGAUUGAGAUGACCUUUGAUGAAACAGUCAUUGCUGUAUUGGGUGAGUAUAUCUCGAUCGAACCACUAGUUCAUAUUUUAUAUAAGUGA